UUAUUCCUCUGCUUCUACCUCCGUACUCUAAAAUACAAAGCAAUAAAAGAGACAAUUCUUGUUCUAAGUUGAUUUUACUGCUUACAAGACUCCGCGCUCGAUAUGGCAGCCUGCAUCUUCUGCAAGAUCAUCAAGGGGGAUAUUCCCGCUUUCAAGCUCUUCGAGAGCGACAAGGUACUCGCAUUCCUCGAUAUUCAGCCAUUAAGUUAUGGCCAUGCGCUGGUCAUCCCUAAGCACCACGGCGCAAAGAUCACAGAUAUUCCCGAUGAUACUCUGAGCGAAAUUCUGCCCGUUAUUAAGAAAGUUGCCAGUGCUACUGGUGCCGAGAACUACAACGUGCUUCAGAACAAUGGCCGUCUUGCUCACCAAGUCGUCGAUCAUGUUCACUUCCAUAUGAUUCCCAAGCCAAACGAGGCCGAAGGACUAGGCAUCGGUUGGCCAGCCAAGCAGGCUGAUAUGGAGAAGCUCAAGCAGCUCUUCGAGACGAUCAAGGCCAAGGUGUAAUUGGGCAAACGGCGGGUUUCAUGGGUUUUAGAUGAGUAUUAGGAGUCGUCAAGAUGACAUUUCUGGGCAAAGGAGUACCGUUGGCGUAGAGGAGAGUGGGAGCGGGAGAGAAUUGAACGGAAGGCAUUUCCUCUGAUUUAUCUACUAUCAUCCAGUAAGCCACUAGAGAACGAUUUCAGGGACUGCUUUCCAUUCAGCGUCGAGCUCAUUUAGUAGUUGGAUCUCGACUGAGAGGUUGCGUAAAGAAAAACGGCAAGCGCUUUUAGUUAAAAAUGAACCUAGGAAGUAUAUUGUUACAAAGUUGGUAUUUGAAAGAUGCCUGCAGAGGACUUGGUGCACGGCUGAUCUCAGGAAGUGCUCUCCCGUAAAAUCUUCUCGGAGCGCAGCAGUUAUCAGGCCACAUAAGGACCGGGCUAGACUGCAACGUGUCCCUGCGUCCUAAGAAUGGCAGCCUUCCAAUUGUUCCACAUCAAAUGGCGAGCA